GUGCUUAGCAUUAUAAGAGGUAAUGGAUGUGUGUGUAUAUAUUUGUACACUUUAUGUUGUUUACAUUUUUGAUUAAUUAUUAAGAGAAACAAUGGUUUUGGAAAGGUCUGAUGGACGGGACUGUUGGAAAACAAGAAGAACUAUAAUAAAUGUUGGUUCUAUAGGCACAGCCUAUGGGUCAGCUCUUGUGAGGCGGGGAAAGACAACAAUAGUUUGUGGUGUUAAAGGGGAAUUGGCUAACUCCAGACCUGAGAAUCCAGGAGAUGGAUUUCUUGUUGUAAACCUUGACCUUCCACCUCUUUGUUGCCCACUCUUUAAACCUGGUCCACCUAGUGAACAGUCCCAAUCUAUUUCACAGUUUCUUAAUGAUAUUGUCACCAGUUCAGGCUGUGUGGUUCUUUCAGAUUUGUCUAUUGAAGGUCAGCUUGUUUGGUGUCUGUUUGUAGAUAUAAUUUGCUUAGAAUAUGAUGGUAAUGUAAUUGAUGCAGCAGUACUGGCAAUGUUAGCUGCUCUCACAAAUACAAAGUUGCCCAAGAUUACUGUAAGUAAUGACAAUGGAGAAAUUAAAGUUAGUGAAGCACUUGAAAUACUUGCUGUAAAAUCACAGCCUGUAACCACUACCUUCGUUUAUCAACAAGAUGGUGGUCAUGUGAUGGUAGAUCCAUCUUUUGAAGAAGAAUAUGAUGCAGCUGGCAUAUUAAGCAUAACUUUACAAGAAGAUGGUAGUCUUGUAAAACUUUACAAACCUGGAGGACUACAGUUACCAGACUCUGUACUUGAACAGUGCAUUGCCAAGGCCCGAAGUUUAUCAAAAGAUAUGUGGCAUUUGUUAAAAACUGUGUCAGAAACUGUUGAAACAUAGAUGGAAAUGUGUCUGUUUAAUCCAGAACUAUUAAAAGUAUUAUCUUUGUCAAA